UACCCAUUACUGACUGCAAGUGUGAAACGGGCUUUAGUUAAAAGAAAACUAAAUCAAGGGGGUAAACGUCAAAAAAAACGAUUGUUGUGUCAUUGUUGCAAACACAGGUUUUGGGAUGGAGUGCGAAAGCGAAAUCGCCCAAUUAAGGGAAAGGGUUAAAGGGAGCCGAACUGGGGUCGAUGUUGAGAAGUUUGAAUUGUGUCAUCGCGAGAUCCGAAAUGAAUUGCUACUAAAACGGAGUCAAGUGGUGCAGCUGAAGAAAGAGCUCGAUAAUUCUAAUUCUAAAGUUUUCGAGUUGAGCCGACAAUUGGAGGCCAAUAAAUCAAUAUUAAAAGAAACAGAAUUUAGCCUGAAACUGGCGCUAAAUAAAUCGAAAAUACUUGAGGAAAAAAUGAAGGAAAUUAACGAGUCCCACACCACUUUAAAAUUAAAAGAAGAGAUGAGGAUGUCUGAAACGCAAAUUUUGAACGAGAAUAUUCAAAAAAUUGCGCACGAAAAACAGUGCCUAGCGCGGGAAGUUGAAGACUUGAAGGACAAAUUGAAAUAUUCCCGUGCUUUUCAAGAUGAACUUGAAGAUAGACAGUGUAAAAUUAAUGCGCUGACUGCGAAAAUUAGAGAGAGUACAGAUAAAUUGGAAAAUGAACACCAGUUUGUUGAAGAACUUAAUAAAAAGUCACAAAGUGCUGAAGAAUUUAAAAAUGCGUGUCACUUGCUGAGUCAAGAGAAUUCUAAAUUGAGGAAUGAAUACAUUAAAUUGGAAAAUGCGUACAUUGAAAACUAUGCAAAAUACGAAACAUUGAAUAAUUGGAUAACUCGACAAAAGACAACUAAUCAGUGGAAUAUUUUGGAAAAAAUCAAAUUUCUUCAGUCGGAAAGUUACUGUAAAAACCUCCAACAAAAAAACUCCGAAUAUGAGCAAACCAUUGCCAAACUCAGCCGCACUCUGGACCAGGAAAUCGAAGCAAACUCUAAACUGAUUUUGCAGAAUGAAGCCUACGAAGAUCGCAUUCGCGAUCUUGAAGAAAAGCUUCAUAUGGUUAAAAUCGAGAAGAAGGAACGAGAGUUGGAUGAGGAUGUUAUUGAAAUUGAAUAAAAUCAUAAACAGUU